CGCCGAACUUACCGCCGUUCCCGUCGACUGUCGUUAGUGUUUUCUUCGGUGUGUGUGAGGGCCGUUUGUUGUUUUACGUUCGUAAUAAUUAAAAUUAUAUGCUAUAAUAAUGUUAUUUCUCCUUAAAAUUACAGAUGAUUUCGUUAGUUUUGCCGAGCCGAGUUCCGAAUGAUGGUAUGGACACAUAAUGAGCCAAAAUACGAUUCGUGGUUGUAAACGUUAAUUAUUCAUCUUCGGCGAAUGUAAAAUUCCUCUUGAUCGGUUGUAGGACUUAAAUUAUUUUUGUAGUGAACGGAAUAAGUUUUACGAGUUUUUUUAAAAUGCCGACCGUCGAAAACAAUACGGAGCAUACGGAUAAAGACGCAGACAAGGCGCCAAUCAUCAAUGGAAUGGAGACUUUACCCAAAAACAAACAAGUGGAUCCAGUGACUUCAUACUUGCGAGCGGCCAGGUCGGGCAAUCUCGAGAAAGUCUUGCAACUAUUGGAUGUCGUCGGCGUCGACGUAAACACAUCGAACGCCAACGGGCUGAACGCGCUUCAUUUGGCCGCCAAAGACGGGCACGUGGAAAUAGUAAAAAAUUUACUAAAAAGAAAAUGUUCGGUGAAUGCGGUUACGAAAAAAGGCAAUUCUGCUCUGCACAUUGCGUCUUUGGCCGGUCAAGAAGAAGUUGUCAAAGUGCUGGUGGAGAACAACGCGUCUGUAAACAUACAGUCACACAGUGGUUUCACGCCACUCUACAUGGCCGCCCAGGAAAACCACUGCAGCAUUGUCGAGCUGCUGUUGAGCCACGGCGCGAAUCAACUGUUAGUGACCGAGGAUGGAUUUUCACCAUUAGCAGUAGCUAUGCAACAAGGUCAUGAUAAAGUUGUAGCUAUUCUGCUGGAGAAUGAUACUAAAGGCAAAGUCCGGCUACCCGCACUCCACAUAGCUGCCAAAAAAGAUGAUACAAAGGCCACCAACUUGUUGCUUCAGAAUGCUCAUAAUCCUGAUGUUACAUCUAAGAGUGGAUUUACCCCAUUACACAUUGCUGCACAUUACGGUAAUACUAAUGUAGCAUCCAUGCUGGUUCAAAAAGGUGCCGAUGUAAAUUUUACUGCCAAACACAAUAUAACUCCUUUGCACGUAGCAGCUAAAUGGGGAAAAUUGAAUAUGGUUGAUUUAUUGAUACAACUCGGUGCUAAUAUUGUUGCUAAAACCCGUGACGGACUUACACCUCUACAUUGUGCUGCCAGGUCUGGACAUGAUCAUGUUAUUGAACGUCUUUUGCAGAGCAACGCUCCAAGAAUAUUAAAAACUAAAAACGGACUAACUCCUCUUCACAUGGCAGCUCAAGGAGAUCAUGUGGACGCAGCUAAAGUGCUAUUGACCUAUAAAACACCUGUUGACGAUGUUACAGUAGAUUAUCUUACUAGCUUACACGUUGCCGCACAUUGUGGUCACGUAAAGGUUGCCAAAACAUUAUUAGAACAUAAUGCUGAUCCAAACGCCAGAGCUUUAAACGGUUUUACUCCUCUUCAUAUAGCAUGUAAGAAGAGCCGUAUUACAGUUGUGGAACUUUUAUUAAAUCAUGGAGCAUCUAUUGAAGCUACAACAGAAUCUGGAUUAACUCCUUUACAUGUUGCUAGCUUUAUGGGCUGCGUAAAUAUAGCUUUGAUUUUAGUUAGCCACAGUGCUUAUCCCGAUGCUAGUACAGUUCGCGGCGAAAGUCCAUUACAUUUAGCAGCUAGGGCCAAUCAGUCUGACCUUGUCAGAGUUUUGGUACGAUCAGGUGCUACAGUGGAUUCUAAAGCUAGACAUGGCCAAACUCCUCUUCAUGUAGCUUGUCGGUUAGGUCAUACCCAAAUAGCAACAUUGCUAUUGAAACAUGGCGCUUCAGUAGAUGCUACAACUACAGAUUUAUAUACCCCUUUACACAUAGCUUCAAAAGAAGGCCAUGAAGAAGUAGCUGCUGCUCUUUUAGAAAGUGGAAGUUCUGUGACAUCUACAACUAAAAAAGGAUUUACUCCUCUGCAUUUGGCAGCUAAAUAUGGAAACAUUACAAUUUCAAAAAUGCUUUUAGAAAAAGGAGCUCCAGUUAACUCUCAAGGCAAAAAUGGAGUUACUCCGUUACAUGUGGCUAGUCACUAUAACCACCAAGAUACGGUGUUCUUGCUUCUUGACAAAGGAGCAUCACCUCAUAUGGCUGCUAAAAACGGUCAUACACCGUUGCACAUUGCUGCUAAGAAGAAUCAGUUGGAAGUUGCAUCUACACUACUGAUGAACCAGUCUGAUGUCAAUGUAGAAUCUAAAGCCGGGUUUAGUCCGUUACAUCUGAGUGCACAGGAAGGUCAUUUGCAGAUGUCGAACUUGCUACUAGACCACAAGUCAGAUGUCAACCUACAAUCAAAGAACGGUUUGACACCAUUACAUCUCUGCGCUCAAGAAGACAAAGUGAUCGUCGCAAGUUUAUUAGUUGAUAACAGUGCAAAUAUCAACACCACAACCAAGACUGGUUUUACUCCUCUUCAUAUAGCAUGUCAUUACGGACAGCUCAACAUGGUUAGGUUUCUCUUAGAAAAAGGUGCUGAUGUAGAUGUGCAAACUUCGUCUGGUUACACAGCUUUACAUCAAGCUGCUCAACAAGGGCAUGCCGUCGUCAUAACUCUUCUGCUUCAAAGCAAAGCUUCUCCCAACAUCCAAAAUGCUCAAGGACAAACUCCUUUGAGCUUAGCAAAUAAAUUGGGCUAUGUAAGCGUGGUAGAAACAUUAAAAGUAGUGACGGAAACAACUGUAACAACAACAACUACAAGUACUAUUGAAGAAAAAUACAAAGUAAUAGCGCCUGAAUCAAUGCAAGAACCAUUUAUGUCUGAUUCAGAGGAUGAAGGAGGUGGUGAUGAUGUCUUGUCGGUGAUCAUGAACGAUUACGGCAAGCCAACACAUGCGCAACACAUAUAUCUUCCGUACUAUCAAGGUCAAAAUGUAUUAUAUGAAGACCCAAUGCUAAGUGAUCAACACCAAUAUCGCUAUAUGACUGUAGAUGACAUGAAAUCGUUAGGAGACGAUUCAUUAAAAAUUGAUGUUACAAGAGAUGAAAAAAUGGACUUGCCCCAUGAAACAACGGCCAUUAGUGAAUAUGUCACUAGCACACACUAUGCAUCACCCCAGUACUCGCCUAACCCUUCAGGUGGAAGCAUUUUCUCUGAUAAUGUUGACAUUGGGCGGUCUCCUGUGAAUAUAGGGUGGCAUAGUCUAGAAAGAUCAUUGGCGUUGCUUGGCCCUUGUGGAAAAACGACAGGAAUGUGGCGUGAAAGUUUCCUUGUGAGCUUCUUAGUGGAUGCUCGUGGUGGCGCAAUGCGAGGAUGCAGACAAUCUGGUGUACGAGUGAUCAUUCCUCCUAGAAAAGCACCUAGUCCUAUGCGUGUGACAUGUCGAUAUUUAAGAAGAGACAAAAUUGUUAAUCCUCCGCCUUUAAUCGAAGGAGAGGCAUUGGCCAGUAGAAUACUCGAACUAGGACCAGCUGGAGCUAAGUUUCUUGGGCCUGUUAUUAUUGAAGUACCUCAUUUUGCUUCAUUGAGAGGACGAGAAAGGGAACUAGUGGUUUUGAGGUCUGAUAAUGGAUCCACCUGGAAAGAGCAUACAUUAGAAGCAAAUGAAGAAGCUGUUCAAGAGGUGUUGAAUGACAGCUUUGAAGGGGGAGAAGACCUCAGACAGAUUGAAGACCUUAAAACAAGCCGCAUAGAACGUAUACUAACGGUAGACUUUCCACAAUAUUUUGCUAUCAUAUCCAGAUUUCGUCAAGAAAUACACCCAGUUGGUCCAGAAGGUGGUGUUAUGUCAUCUACCGUUGUGCCUCAAGUGCAAGCACUAUUCCCUCCUAAUGCAUUGACAAAACGGAUCAAAGUUGGCCUCCAGGCACAACCUAUUCCUGUUGAAUUGGUAACAAAACUGUUUGGUAAUCGUGUUGCCGUAUCUCCUGUAGUCACGAUUGAGCCUCGAAGAAGAAAAUUCCAUAAAGCUAUUACUUUGACCAUUCCUUUACCGCAAGCCACUACUAAAGGAAUGAUUAAUCAGUAUUCGGGUGAUGCUCCAACUUUACGACUACUAUGUAGCAUGUCUGGGGGACAAUCUAAGGCCCAGUGGGACGAUGUAACUGGAGGCACGCCAUUGACGUUUGUCAAAGAUUGUGUAACAUUCACUACAACUUUAUCAGCAAGAUUUUGGUUGAUUGAUUGUAGAAAUGUUAGUCAGGUGAAGAACAUUGCCACACAAUUAUUUGUUGAAGCAAAUUAUGUUCCGUUCAUGGCAAAGUUUGUUGUGUUUGCUAAGAGAACUGAGGCCAUGGAAGCACGUCUCAGAGUAUUUUGUAUGACAGACGACAAGGAAGAGAAAACAUUGGAAAAUCAAGAGCAUUUUGUUGAAGUGGCCAAAAGUAGAGAUGUGGAAGUGCUUCAAAAUAAAAAUAUAUUUGUAGAAUUUGCUGGAAACUUAGUACCCAUUUAUAAGUCUGGCGAACAGCUUGACUUAAAAUUUAUGGCUUUCCGUGAAAAUCGCUUACCAUUUACAGUACGCAUACGUGAUUUAGAAGACACCAAUGUAGCACGUAUAUUAUUUAUGCGUGAACCCAAAGCAAAUCGUGGUGAACCCACUCAAUCGCCUCUGUGCGUAUUGAAUGUAACUAUUCCAGAAGACAUUAUCAAUGAAUCUACAAAAUCUGAAUCUGACUUAUUAAGUCUAGAUAGAAGUUAUAAUUUCUAUGAUAACGGUUUUGAACAACAUAGCGAUACUAUUCACCGUGCAGAUAUUCGUUUAUCGGAUAUAUCUAAUAUGUUGGGAGAUAACUGGCCACCAUUAGCUAUUGAGCUAGGUAUCUUACAGUCCGACAUCAGUAUUAUUCAAUCGGAAUACCCGAAUAACCCUCCGAGGCAAGCUAUGGUCAUGCUAAGAUUAUGGUUGCAAACUUUUGGGCAACAAGCUACUGGUAAUUCUUUAGAAAAAGCUUUGAGGGCAAUCAAUCGUGAAGACAUAGUCAAUCAAUGCAUCCAUAACAUCGAAAUCGUAACCGAUGAUAUGGAGAAAGCUGUAGCUAAGACACACUUGGAUCAGUCUGGAUUCGAUUCGUUAAAAGAAGAACUAGGGCCAUCAAGAGACGGUUCUCUUGGGCGCACUAAAAAGAAUGCUAAUUAUGUAAACGAAGAACAUUUUAAUGAACAACAAACGUCGGCUAAUGUUGAAGAGGAGUUAAUAAAUGCUUUAAAUGAUCAAGUAAUUGUUGACAAAGUUCAGAGCAAACAGAAAGCCCUUGAUGAUAAAUAUGCAGCCGAAGUCAAAGAGUUUGAUUCAAAGACUGCAAACGGCGUAAGUAAAAAAAAAAGAUCAAAGAAAGGCAAAAGCAAUUUGCCAAAGGAAGAAGCGAAAGUGUCUGAAAAUAUUGACAAACACAAAUAGGCAGCUAAAAAUGCUGCUGAUUAGUCACCUUAUAAAGACAAUUCUUAGGACGUAUUUAAUUUAAUUAAAAAUAAUAUUUAAGUUCAUAUAAAGCACAUGAAUUUAUGUUAAAUAAUAGCUGUUUAUUAUUUUUAUACACUUAAGAAAUCAUUUUAUUUUUCUAUUCAACUGCUUCAUUCAUACAUAUAUUUGUCAUCGUUUGAUGCCAUAUUGGUUUAUAUGCGUGUACCGCUUAAAGAUUGUUUCCUUUAUACAUUAGUAACUUGAGUAUUGAAAUGCUGAUAGCUUUGACUUUUGUAAUUGAUUUGUUUAACAUUGUAUAUGGUUUGUGAGUUUUUAGAAACCAUUAUAUUUUUUGUUGUUAUUUAUACUUUAGAAAUUAUUUUAUUUUAUUUUUUGUUUUCUCUCACUUUCUAUUUGUUUUUUAAAUUAUUAAAAUUUAUUUAAUUCACUGGCGCUUCAUAUGGUUCUA